CAGAAUCAUGGGCAAAGACGACAAAGAGGACUCCGGCUUCGGGUUCAAGGACAAAGCGAAGGCCGAGGAGACCCUUCGGUUGUUAGAGGAGCACCCGCUUAACUACAGACGUUUGACCGUGAGAGGACUGCUUGGGAGAGCCAAGAGAGUGCUUUCAAUGACAAAAGCAGAAGACAAAAUAAAGAACAUCAAAGAAGCAAUGCAAGUGUUCGAGAUCUGGCUAGAAGAAUUGGACAAAAACAAAGAACAGAAGACUGAUAAGAAACCGGAAAAGAAAGAGGUGCCGAAGAAGAAGGAGAAGGAAGACAAAAAUGGCGAUGACCAGGAUUCCAGUUCAGACUCCGACGUGGAGAUGGAAGAGAAAGCCAAGAAACCUGAACUGCCCCCAGACACAGUCCCAGGGUUGGGAUUCAAGGACAAGGAGACGGCUGACGGCACCCUGAAGGAGCUGGAAGGGAGAGACCCUGAUUACCAGAAGCUGGCGGUAAAGGGCCUCAUUGGGAGAGCAAAGAGGGUUCUGACGUGUGAGUUACUUGAUCUUACUUCUUCGUUCGUUUCAGCCAAAUGACGUUCACUGCUGGACAAAGGCCUCCUCC